AUGUACAGCAAACAUCAAGCUACUUAUAAACGCUGUUGUCCAAGACAGAUUCAGUUAUCAAGAGGACCGCCAGGUAGCAUCUUCGCGUACGUGCCUCCUACUACGCGCUCCUGCGUCACUACUCAGCGGCCAGAAAUUGGAAAGGAAUUAGGAUUGGGGCUCAAUGAGGUUUCCGUUCAUAUAACUGAAGAUGAAGAACUCUGAGGUGAGAACAGAACUGAAUGAAUUUAAUGUUGCAAAGGUGGAGUUACAACUCACUGUAAUACUGGUGGUUGUUAAUAAAUUACAUAAAUUGUAUAAUUUGAGCAAUACUUUUAAUUAGGCCUAUAUGCCUAAGGAGAGAGGCUUAUUCAGUGUCUAGUAAUUAUAAAUCAACCGAUACAUUUUCUUGUGAAAUUUUCUCUUAGGUCCUACAGGUCCUGUUAGCACAAAUUAUUCCAGAAAUGCUACGAAGAGACAAGCACGUGAACCAUUCUUGUCUCAAAAGUGGUGAAGUUUGUUGCAGUAUAUUCCAAGAUUUUCAUAAUAAAACAGUUAAAGU